CUUCGGAGCAGGUCGGCUGAUUAUAUAGAAGGGGGCGCCGUAUAAAAGCCAGACGCUCGCCAUUCGAAAGAACAGUUCGUAUGAGCAUUCAACCCGGAUAAAUAUCACAGAUAUUUUAUUUAAUAAAAUAAAGAAAUCAAGAAAUCAAGAAGUAAACAAGAAUGGAUCGCUGGUUGAAUCGCGUUGCCGUUGUCACGGGUGCAAGUUCGGGAAUCGGAGCUGCCUGUUGCAAGGAUCUGGUGGCCAAGGGACUCAUCGUCGUCGGCCUGGCUCGUCGCGAGGAGCGCUUGAAGGAGCUGAAGGAGUCCCUGCCGGCGGAUCAGGCCAGUCGCUUCCACGGACGCAAGUGCGAUGUCAGCAAGGAGCAGGAAGUAAUCGAUACUUUUGCCUGGAUCGAUGCCACCCUCGGUGGCGCCGAUGUUUUGGUCAACAACGCCGGCAUCGUCCGACCGGGUGUGGGCAUCACCAAGGAGGCUAAUUCCGCCGAUCUUCGCGCCGUUCUGGACACCAAUGUCCUGGGUGUUGCGUGGUGCACUCGGGAGACAUUCAAAUCGCUGCAGCGGCGCAACAUCAACGACGGACAUGUCCUGAUUGUGAACAGUGUGGCGGGACAUCGGGUGCCGAAUAUUCCCGGCUUCACCAUGGGCAUGUACGCGCCAUCGAAACACGCCGUCACUGCACUCACGGAGGUCCUGCGACAGGAGUUCCUCAGUAACAAGACUCAAACCAAAGUCACUAGCAUUAGUCCCGGUGCCGUGGAUACUGAGAUUGUGGCCGAGGAACACAAGGCCAACUUCCCCGACUUGCCACUUCUGCGAUCCGAGGAUGUGGCAGAUGCAGUCAGCUACUGCAUCCAGACCCCGCCACAUGUCCAGAUCCACGAGCUGCUCAUCAAGCCCAUCGGCGAAACCAUUUGAGUGCCCCGUUUACGACUGUUUUAGUAGAAGUAUGCACAAUUCUUGCAACAACAUUGCAAUAAAACGUAUUUGAUGGAGUAUUAAAAGCAA